UCUCUCUCUCUCUCUCCUUCCGACACGCAUUCCACCAGCUCUAAUAUGUUCAUCCUUAUCCGUACACACGCACACACACACACAUACACACGCACGCCCAUCCUCUCUAUCCCACACACACUAAGACCUGUUAACAUAUGGCUACGUCGCCGCCGCCCGCCCUCCGCCGCGACGCCCCCGACAGUGUAAUUUUCCCCGCCUGGCUGCCUCGCGAAGUCCCUCCCGCGCCCCGAUGAAGACGUUACACAGUCGGUCCAAGGAGCAGCGGGGCAGAAGAGGCGGCGAGGGCGGCGCUGACGGCUGAGCGGACGGAGUGCUGGCGGAGGGAGUAAUUAGGACGAGUCAGUUAAUUAGGUUAAGGAGGGAAGGAAGGAAGGCUGGCAGGCAGACGGGCUCCUGCGGCGGGUUGGAGGAAGAGGAGGGAAGGAGGAGGAGGAAGGCUGAGCCGAGGCCGCCUCCCGGGACCGAUCUGCCACACCAAAGCAUUGGAGUCAUUAAUUUGAGUCGUGGCGUUAAUUUUGUAUCAGAGUCAAGGCGGAGAGUGAGUCCUGUGUGUGUCCUGUGGGGGCGAGGCGGGAGGCGGGGGCGGUGGCGGCGUGGGUGCUGCUGAUGGAGCCAGUUUAUCACGGCCAUGGAGACCAGCCACUUCAUUUAGGGACAAAUAUGUCAGCUGAAAUGUCAAACAUCGGCCACAAAACAAUGUACUUUGUAACUCAAUACACAGCUAUUUGCAUUCCAGAGUGCGAGCGUGGCCAGUUGGUGGGUGAGGCGAGAAGCAACGGCGACAAGCGGUCCGCCUCCCGCCGGCUCACUCUGUGGACUUUCCCAGGCCCGCCCUACUUUCUCCUCAUUGGAGGGCCGAAUGACCUUCGGCCAAUGGUAACGCGACCGGCAGCGAGGGCGUGGGACCCAGAGAGGGACGGACCAAUGGGAGCAGGAACGCGAGUGUGACAGCUGUGGUGCGCCAAGCUCCGCCCCACGUCACGGCUGCUCUCUCGGCCUCAGAAGGACUCCAUUACUGCCGCGAGAGGCGCGCCAGCAACACGGAGAGAAACCCUGCUCGAGGACUCACUGGGCUGCGCGUCGGACAUGAGCACGGCCGCAGCUGUGUAGUGUUGUGGCGGUGACUGGCAGUGUUGUGACUAGGCUGAGUGUGUGACAGACACCAUGGUGCUUGGACUUGCGGCGAAUGUAAGUGCUUCCUCGGGGAGCAACGUUGGAGGAUCAGGAGGUCCAGUGGUGCCCACUCCGAUCGUCGCGCUGCCCUCCCUCUCCUUCACCGCCACCCAGGUGGCCGCCGUCUGCGAAACUCUAGAGGAGAGCGGAGACAUGGAACGUCUUGGCAGAUUCUUGUGGUCGCUGCCCGUGGCUCACCCACACCUGCAGGACCUCAAUAAGCAAGAAGCAGUUUUACGCGCAAGAGCUCUCGUCUCCUUCCAUGUAGGGAACUUCCGGGAACUCUACGCCAUCCUCGAGUCUCACAGGUUUUCCAAGCCGUCGCACGCGCGGCUGCAGGCGCUGUGGCUGGAGGCGCACUACCAGGAGGCGGAGCGGCUCCGCGGCCGGCCGCUCGGACCCGUCGACAAGUACAGAGUCCGCAAGAAGUUCCCCUUUCCAAGGACCAUCUGGGACGGGGAACAGAAGACCCACUGCUUCAAGGAGCGAACCAGGUCGCUGCUACGAGAAUGGUAUCUGCAGGACCCUUACCCCAACCCCAGCAAGAAGAGGGAGCUGGCCUCGGCCACCGGCCUCACCCCAACACAAGUCGGCAACUGGUUCAAGAACCGUCGGCAGCGUGACAGGGCGGCCGCCGCCAAGAACAGGAUGAUGAACGGCCAGCAGGGCGGCGCAGCCUCGGCCCGGUCAUCGGAGUCCAGAGACGCUCACCACGACGACGAGGACGACGACCUCAUAAACCCCGGCUCCCCGACGCCCCUGGACGACACGGACGACGAGGACCUGUCUCUGGGUACCCACUCCCCUCCACCUGUGUCGGAGAGCCCCCUACCCCCCGCCUCGUCAGGAGAAGGAGGAGGCGUCGUGUCUCCAGCCUCCAACGCUCCCUCCUCUCACCCCUCUUCAGUUUCCCCCCACCCGGCUAGCAUCUCCCCUCACCCCUCCUCCAUAUCCCCUCACCCCUCCGCCACGCCGCCCCAGAGCUCCCCGCUGCCCCUCCUCAAGAGCGACAUAACCUCCACCACGGAGUCGCACAUCCCCGCCGCCCCCGUCACCACCACCCUGCCGCUGGAGGUCACCAAACCCUCCUACCUGAUGCCCCCCAUGUCCUCCCUGCCGCUCAUGACCUCCCUCGCCACCUCCCUCGCCUCGCCCCUCUCCCUCCCCUUCUCCACCAUGAGCGCAGGAGGAGAUGCCUUCAAGUUCCACUCACAUCCCUUCCUCCACCACCCCCACCCCCUCCUCCACCCGUUCUCCCUUCACCACCCCCUCCCACUAGUCAACCCUCACUCCCCCUUCUUUUCAGCCCUCCCCCCACACAACCCCUCCGCCACUUAGAGCCCAUUCACGGCACUUUAGUUUGAUAAGUCACACAUCUACCUGUUGAUUACUUUUUAAAUGCCCCCUCUCUCUGUCCCCCUUCCUUGCCCCUCACACAGUCAUAGACGUAUGUGUAAGCUUCUUGUCUCCUUCCUUUGCAACUUUUCUUUCCGCUUCGUCACCCAAGAAGUCUGAGAGUGUCUUCCUCCGCUGCUGAGGAGACGCCACGAGGUGCUGCUCUCGAUCUUGUAUAAGCGUGGCCCAGAAUGACAACAAAGGCGGCCGUCAAUCAUUGGUCACAGUCCCUCAGGUGCCCCGCCCACGCCACCUCGAGCCGACCAGUCAGGAACGAGAUAAGUGUUUACUUCCUCUUGGAAAUUCGUGAGACAAAAGAAUUAGUGGAAGGGAACCGGACUGAAAUUCCUACUGAACCUGCCCGAGCCAGGCCGGGUAAGCCGAAGAAGUGGAGGAGAACUUGAAGACUCGUGUAAAUUCGACGCGACGCUUGCCAAGAUUCUUUUUUCUUUCCUCUUUUUUUUAUUUCGCUCUCAAGGUCUGGCUCUUGAUUUUACCUGAGUGUCUGAAUCUCCUCUCGCUGGUCCGGAGUCACGCCCUCUGCGCUUUGCUCCUCUUUGUGUGUCCUGUACAGCUAAGUAAUGUCACAAAGAUUAAGCAGAGCGCGGCGACCCUUCCCUCACCGCGUCUCUCGUGAGGCUGCGAGUCUUGAUGAAGUAAAUAAAAGUCAAGACGUUCCUGUUAAGCCCGGUGGUCUUAUUCUAACCCCAACCUGUGUUAAAUAAAUAAAGAUGAUAGAGUCGCCUACGCCCUCACCGCCGCCGCCGCUCCUCGUCAGGCAGGUAAUCAAGAAAGGCCUCGGAAAAAAUUAACCUUCUUCAGGCGGCAAAAACAAAAUUUACUAAAAAAAAUGGAUCAGGUUCAUUUAAGACAACGGGUUGGGGACAUGUCAGGGAGGGGUGCGGGGGGGGGGGGGUGUUAGGGGGAGUGUUUGAGGGGUCAAGGGGGGCGGGGGUGCUGAGGUGGCAUUACUCACUCCUCUUCUUGGCGUGGUAAUAAAGGGGGGGGGGGGUCUUCCAUUGUUCCUGUGGGCGUGCCUGUGUGUCUCUCUCUCUCUCUCUCUCUCUCUCUCUCUCUCUCUCUCUCUCAGGACUAACGAAGGGGGUGGGGGUCGUCUAGUCCUUGGCCUUAACCCUAUCUGAUCCGAGGGGGGAUAAAUCUGGCCUCCCCUCAGGAACUUCGAUCAAAACGAUACACCAUUUUUUUCUUAUUAAAUCAAGAAGAAAAAACAGUCAUACAGAAAAACGCAGACAAUUUGAAAGCGUCGGAUCGGAUAGGGUUAAGGUGUCUCCGGGCUACUGACGGCGGCGCGGACGGAGGAGGAGGAAGGCCCGUGUGAUUGGCGGUGGUUUGGCUUCAUGGGUGUCUGGCUCAAUUGUUCCUCUGUUCGAUUCCCGUUGCCUUUUUUUUUCUUCUUGUUUUUAGUUCAUAUCCUCAAAAUACUGAACU